AUGGUUACAAACGAGUCGACAAUAUUAUGCGGCCUCUUUGUUAUCUCCGCGCUUGGAGACCCGAUUAGAACAAAGAGAGAGCCUCCCGUAAGCUCACAGUAUGGCGCACCACCAGCGACGUCUUACGGAUUACCGGACGUAGGACCGUCUGAUUCUUAUGGUCCACCACCUUCGAGCUCCUACGGUGCACCCUCUGAUUCGUAUGGUGCACCACCCCCGCCGCCAUCGUCGUCUUACGGCGCCCCGUCCGGGCCCUCGUCAUCUUAUGGCGCGCCUCCUUCGUCAUCCUACGGUGCACCUUCCCCGAGUUACGGGGCACCGUCAGGCGGUGACCACGGUGGAGGAUCAUUUGAUCUCGGCGGUGGUGAUCACGGAGGAUCCUUCGGCGGCGGUCACGGCGGAGGAUCAUUUGGCGGUGGCCACGGAUCCUUCGGUGACGAUCACGGUUCCACCGGAGGUGGAUCGCUCGAUGAUCAUCACGGAUCGGGCGGUUUCGGAGGAGGUGACGGCGGUUUCGGCGGAGGUGGCGGUCACGGCGGUGGUGACGGUGGUUACGGCGGGGGUGGCGGUCACGGCGGUGGUGACGGUGGUUACGGCGGAGGCGGCGGUCACGGAGGCGGUGGGGGGUUCGGAAUCUCCGAUUCUUACGGUCCACCGUCGCCACCCUCCGGAUCCUAUGGACCUCCGGCGCACGAUCACGGGCCGAAAGGCGUGUGGAAGAAGAAACUAGUAUGGAAGCCCGAAUGGAAGCAGAUCUGGAAAACGCAGUCGAAGAUGAUCUGGAAGCAGGAGUGGAAGAAGGUACAGGUACCGGUUUGGAAGGAGAUUCAAGUGCCCGCGUGGAAGGAGAUCAAGGUACCUGUCUGGAAAAAGGUCCAGAAGCCUGUUUGGAAGCAGAUUCAAGUGCCGGCUUGGAAGGAGGUCCAGGUGCCAGCUUGGAAGAAGGUAUGGAAACCCGUUUGGAAGGAAGUCAAAGUUCCUGUGUGGAAAGAAGUCCAGGUGCCCGAUUGGAAGAAGGUCUGGGUGCCGGAAUGGAUUAAAAUCGGUAUACCGGGAGAGCAGUAUGUGGGCAAGGAUCACCACGGUUGGCAGUAUACCAGCCACGAUCUCUGGAAGAAGAAGCUGAUAUGGAAGCCGGUCUGGAAGAAGAUCUGGAGAACGGAAAAGAAGCAGAUUUGGGUAAGCGACAAAAAAUUAGAAUGGAAGGCCGAAUGGAAACAAAUCUGGAAGACGGAGAAGAAGCAAAUCUGGGUGACGGACAAGAAGCUGGUCUGGAAGGAAGAAUCGGUGCAAGUAUGGGUGCCUGAAAAGAAGCAGAUCUGGGUCACGCAGAAGAAACAGGUGUGGAAAGACGAAUGGAAGAGCAAGUGGGUUCCGGCUUGGAAGGACGUGCAGGUACCGGCUUGGAAGAAGAUCUGGAAGCCCGUCUGGGAGAAAGUUUGGGUUCCCAUCGAGUCCCACCACGACGACGAUCAUCACGGUUACAAGUAGACCGUCGUCGAGAGUCACGCUCGGCCGGCUCGAUUUUGCCUCUGCGACUGUCUCGUGACAUCCGAAGGUCGAAAGGUCGACUCGGAAAAUUGUCGAAGAAUCGCGUCAAGAAAGUCGGUCGGAUCUUAUGAUAAUGCCUUGUGAUAAUGGAUUAUUCGCCUAAAUAUAUAUAUA